AUGACUUCAAACAAUCAAUUAGCAUUUGCAUGCGUAUGCGCUUCAAACGUUAACAGAUCUAUGGAAGGCCAUAGAGUUCUAAAAGAAGCAGGAUUUAAUGUUUCAUCCUAUGGAACAAAUGAUUACGUCAAAAUGCCUGGUGCUUCAAAUGUUCCACUCCAAUUCGAUUUCGGUGCGACUUAUAAAGAAAUUCUUUCUAAAAUGGAAUCUGAAAAUAAUCAAUAUUAUGAAGAACAAGGUUUAAUCAAAAUGCUUCGUGACGAUGCAAAUACAAAAGAGAAACCAGAAAGAUGGUCAAGUACUUUCAACCCCGCUACACUUAAAUAUUUUGAUGUUAUUUUUACUUAUGAUAAUAAUGUUAUGGAUAGAGUUCUUAACGAAUUUAGAGAAAACGGUAAUAGAACAUUCCAAAUAUCACAUGUUGUUAACAUUCAAACACCCGAUUCUCGUGACAAUGCCAUAUUAUCUAGACAAUAUACCUUACGCUUGGCCCAAAUGCUUUCAGCAGCAACAGAUUUAACAGAGAAUCUCGAAUCUAUUGUAGAUCAAUUUAAUAUGGAAAAUGGCAAUCCAAAAGACUCUUUUGUAGCAUCUUUUCAUAUUGUUUCUUAUUAA